UAUGAUGUGUUUGGCUUCAGCUCCAACCUGGGCUACGAGGCCAAACUACCACUCCCCUUCUCGACGACAGGCUUCAUGCCGUUGAAGCUGGAGGCCAGCCAGUUGCCUGGCAACGCCUGCUGCAGCAACGUUGCUAUACCCGCCGGUGGCUCCUGCCUACAGAGCUAUUUCUCCAACGGUCUCAGCUCCGAGUCGUGCAUUUGCGGCCCGAAGCCGGACUCGACCAGACCGGCUGGACCGGCUGACCGGGCGGUCGGAGGUCGGAGCGAUCUGAUGUGUGGCGACUGCGGAUCGGGCCCGACUGGCAACCUUCUGCGUCCGAGCGAGGCUUUCCGAGACGACUUUCUCGUCUCGUCCAGCUUCGCCCACCUCGGUCAGCCACUCAGCCAUCCCACACUCUCUCAUCUGCCUCCGAAUUCACCGGCCUUUUCGGCCAUCUUUCGCGUCAACUCCGUCUCCACGACACCUCCGUUGCCGCUGGGCCCCAGACAACCGCGACCCCCUUCGGACGGUCUGCAGCUGGAUCCUUUUCAUGACUGCCCAGUCAGCUCGAACGAUCCUCCAAUCGCGCUUUUUCGUCAGCCAACCCACUCCCUACAUCCCCUCCAUCCUCAGCACACCCUCAGCACGAUGCACACAGGCGCUCCACACCCGGUUUCUCAUACCCUCGGCUCACACAAGUAUCCCCGAGGGCCACAUGUGGUGUCGCCCAGUCCGGUACAGACCAACUACCACUACCAACCGGAGCAGCACCAACUGCCUCAGCACCAUUUCCAGCCGGGCUCGAACACCUCCGGACACCUACAGGGACAUCCACACUGCGGCCUCUUCCAGGCGCCUAUCGCACAUCUGCCUGGACCGUCGGAUCGAGGCGAGGAAGAGGCCCAUUUUCUAACCUCCAAGCCAGACAGACUCAAUCCUCUUGUGGUCCCACUCAAGGCGGAUGGCAGUGGACGAGGGGCUGCUUCGGACUCUUGGACCGACAGGUUUGAUGACUCCUUGUUUCUCCAGCAUCUCGACACCUCAACGUCUGCUGGUCUGAAGCAUACCAGCGAGGUUGAGGUUGAAAUGAUACGAAUCGGUGGGACGACGCAACAACGACGUAAGUAUCAAGAGAAGUAUUAUGGAGCACAACAAAGAGACGAUACAACAGAUGAGGCAGUAGAACAUGAAGAGGAAGAAGAAGAAGAAGAAGAAGAAGAAGAAGAUGAUGAAGAAGAAGGAGAGGAAGAAGAAGAAGCAGAAGAAGAAGAGGAAGGAGAUGAUGAUGAUGAUGCUGAUGACGAUGAUGAAGAGGAGGAAGAGGAGGAGGAGGAAUGGUGUAGGAUAGGAGGUGACGAAGGUGGGCCUCCGAAGGGGUCCGUUUUUGUGACGGGCCCCAGAGACCAGGUGGCCGGUCAGAGUUUAGCCUAUCCCCCCGGUUUCUAUGCUGCCUGGCCAGAUUUGGACCAUUUGGCUCUGCCGCAUUCGCCUGCUCAGCCGGCCUGGCCUCGAGCGAAGGGUCUCUCCAAUCUGAUGACCAAGACGGCUUCAUUUGACCGGUCACCCAUGCAUUUGCAUCUCUGCCAUGCUGAUCCUCAACGGCCCGAGACUGACUCGCUGGGUGAAGGAUAG